AGUCUAUGACAUUUCUCAUCAUCAUCAUAUGUUUAUGCAUUUUUGGUGUUUUUUUUUUAUUAAUAAGAACUUAAGUAUUUUUCUAGUGUUUGAGUGAGGAGACGACAACUUUUGGAUUUUUAUGUUUUGUGAUGUUGUUCUGUGUGCCUUCACCGCCCAUGUUGAUAGCUGGCUGGAGAGACAAGAUAAACUCAAAAUUUGAGGGUGACCUCUAAUGGCUCUGUAUAGAAUUCCAUAGUAAACCAUUAAUGGUAUAUUUUCACAUCUAUUUCAAUAGGUACCCAUAAUUUUGUAACAUAAGACAUUACAUUAGUUACAUGGUUUAAUUAAACAUAGUUAUAGUCAUGGAUAAGGACAUGGUGCUUGUUAAAACCGAACCAAAACAAGAAGAAGAAAUAAGUGUUGCUCUUGAAGAAAAAGUGUUUGUCAGCAAUGAUUUUUUGACAACUGUAAAAGAAGAACACAAUGAAAUUGUGACCUGUGCAGAAAAUCCUAGCUAUGUACACAAUGCUACAAAAGUGCUGCAAUGUAAUGGACAUUCGUUGGAUAUCAAAUCUGAAACUGCAAAGUUUAAAUGUGCUCUUUGUCGUUAUACUGCUGACAGUAAAAUCAAUUUUAAAAUACACCGAUUAACACACAGGGAUACUAAAGAUUUUAAAUGUGCCAAUUGUGAUUACAUAACAAACUAUAAAUGGAAUUUUAAAAAUCAUCUCUUAAAUCACAAAGUGGUAAAAGAUUUUAAGUGUGGAAAGUGUGAUUAUGCAUCGAAUAUUAAAGGGAAUUUUAAAUCGCAUCUAUUGUCGCACACCACUUGGAAAGUUUGGGAAUGUGACAUUUGCGAUUAUUCUUCAAGGCGUAAGGGCGAUUUGAAACAACAUGCGUUAAUACACAACAGUUCGAAAGAUUUCAAAUGUGACGUUUGUUUUUAUGCUACUAACACUAAGCGGUCGUUAAAGAAACACCUCUUAACACGUCAUGUUUUAUCACACAAAGAAACUAAGGAUUUUAAAUGUGACAGUUGUGAUUAUGCAACAAAUAUUAAGUGUAAUCUUAGUCGACAUCUCUUGGUACAUAAAGCUUCCAAGGACAGCAAUUGUAAUUAUCGUACAAACGAUAAGCGCGAUUUAAUUCAAAAUCUCCUAAAACCCAACCUUCCUCACCAUUUUAUAUGUGGCAUGUGUGACUAUUCGACAAGUCGUAAGGACUAUAUGCAACAGCAUGUUUUAAUACACAGUGGUUCGAAAGAUUUUAAAUGUGACAUUUGUGAUUAUGCAACACCUAUUAAAAAGUAUCUUAAACGUCAUCUCUUAUCGCAUGUUAUAAAAGAUUUCAAAUGUUCUAAGUGCGAUUAUGUUACGAAGUUUAAAAGCGCGUUGAAAAAUCAUAUUUUAUCACACGAUGAAGCUAAAGAUUUUAAAUGUGACAUUUGUAAUUAUUCCACAAGUCAUAAGCGCUAUUUGCAUCAGCAUGUCUUAAUACACAAUGAUUCGAAAGAUUUUAAAUGUGACAGUUGCGAUUAUGCAACAAAUAUUAAGUGUAAUUUUAAUCGACAUCUCUCCGUACAUAAAGAGUUCAAAUGUGACAUAUGUGGUUAUUUGGCAAAAACUAACGCGGCUUUAAAACGUCAUUCAUUAUGCCACAAAUCGUAAACACAGCUUGAAAUAAGGUCUUUUAAGACACAAUGUAAUAUACAUAACAUUUUAAUAAUAAUACAUUAAUGUAAUAUACAUAGCAUUUAUUUGUAGAAUUGUAUAUACAGGGUGCCCAUAUUGUAUAUGGAAUAUAGUAUGUAUCUGGGUAAAUACCGAAUGUAUACAAAAUUUUGCUAUAUGAAAGUUGUUUAACAUUUUAUUUCCCAUAAUAAGGCAGCAUUCAGUUGUUUUUGUUUCAGAAAACAAAUGAGUAUCGAAAAACAAUUGA